CGGGGCGCAGCCCCGACGCUCAUUGGCCUGGGCGGCGCAGCCAAGCUGUCAGCCCAUGUGGCGUGGCCGCCCGGGGAUGGCCGCGGUUUAAAUAGCGCCGGCGCGGGCCUAGAGGGAGCCAGAGAGACGGCAGCGGCCCUGGCCUCCCGUCUGCCGCGCUCCGGCCUCGCUCUCCGCUGCCUGCACCGCCGUCCGCGCCCUGACCAGAGGAGCCAUGGAGGAGGUGGUGAUUGCUGGCAUGUCCGGGAAGCUGCCCGAGUCAGAAAACAUGCAGGAGUUCUGGGCCAAUCUCAUCAAUGGCGUGGACAUGGUCACAGAUGAUGACCGGCGCUGGAAGGCGGGACUUUAUGGCCUACCCCGGAGGUCUGGCAAGUUGAAGGACCUGUCCCAGUUCGAUGCCUCCUUCUUCGGGGUGCACCCCAAGCAGGCGCACACAAUGGACCCCCAGCUACGGCUGCUGCUAGAAGUUGCUUAUGAGGCCAUCGUGGAUGGAGGCAUCAACCCGGCCUCCCUCCGAGGGACACACACUGGCGUCUGGGUGGGCGUGAGUGGCUCUGAUGCCUCGGAGGCCCUGAGCCGAGACCCUGAGACACUCCUGGGCUACAGCAUGGUGGGCUGCCAGCGUGCCAUGAUGGCCAACCGGCUCUCCUUCUUCUUUGAUUUCAAAGGGCCCAGCGUCGCCCUGGACACGGCCUGCUCCUCUAGCCUGCUGGCCUUGCAGAACGCCUUCCACGCCAUUCGCAAUGGGGAGUGCCCUGCCGCCAUCGUAGGUGGCAUCAACCUCCUGCUGAAACCCAACACGUCCGUGCAGUUCAUGAAGCUGGGAAUGCUCAGCCCUGAGGGCACCUGCAAGUCCUUUGAUGCAGAGGGGAAUGGGUACACCCGGGCAGAGGCCGUGGUGGCUGUCCUGCUGACCAAGAAGUCCCUGGCUCGGCGGGUGUAUGCCACCGUCCUGAAUGCCGGCACCAACACGGAUGGCUGCAAGGAGCAAGGUGUGACCUUCCCCUCUGGAGAGGUCCAGGAGCAGCUCAUCCGCUCCCUGUACUCACUGGUUGACCCCAACUCACUCGAGUACAUUGAAGCCCACGGCACAGGCACCAAGGUGGGUGAUCCCCAGGAGCUGAACGGCCUCGCCCGUGCCAUCUGUGUCUCCCGCCGGGACCCACUGCUGAUUGGGUCCACCAAGUCCAACAUGGGGCACCCAGAGCCGGCUUCAGGGCUUGCGGCCUUGGCCAAGGUGCUGCUGUCGCUGGAGCAUGGGCUGUGGGCCCCCAACCUGCAUUUCCAUAACCCCAAUCCCGAGGUCCCAGCUCUGCUGGAUGGACAGCUGCAGGUGGUGGACCGACCCCUGCCUGUCCGAGGUGGCAAUGUGGGCAUCAGUUCUUUCGGCUUCGGUGGUUCCAAUGUACACGUCAUCCUGCAGCCCAACACGCAGCCAGACCCUACACCUGCUGCACACGCCACCCUGCCCCGUCUGCUGCAGGCCAGCGGACGCACCCUUGCAGCUGUGCAGGGCCUGCUGGAGGAGGGCCUGCGGCACAGCCAGAACCUAGCUUUUGUGAGCAUGCUCAAUGACAUUGCGGCCACACCUGUGUCCGCCAUGCCAUUCCGAGGCUAUGCUGUGCUGGGUGGCGAGGGUGGCCCCGAAGUGCAGCAGGUGCCGGCCGGCGAGCGCCCACUGUGGUUCAUCUGCUCGGGCAUGGGCACACAAUGGCGCGGGAUGGGGCUGAGCCUCAUGCGCCUAGAGAGCUUCCGCACUUCCAUCUUGCGUUCCGAUGAGGCUGUGAAGCCGUUUGGCCUGAAGGUGUCCGAGCUGCUGCUGAGCACAGACGAGAGUACCUUCGAUGAUAUUGUCCACGCUUUCGUGAGCCUCACUGCCAUCCAGAUUGCACUCAUAGACCUGCUAAGCUCCAUGGGGCUGCGGCCUGAUGGCAUCAUUGGGCACUCCCUGGGCGAGGUGGCCUGUGGCUAUGCCGAUGGCUGUCUCUCCCAGGAAGAGGCUGUCCUCGCUGCCUACUGGAGGGGCCAAUGCAUCAAGGAAGCCAACAUUCCACCAGGCGCCAUGGCUGCCGUGGGCUUGUCCUGGGAGGAGUGUAAACAGCGCUGCCCCCCGGGCGUGGUACCUGCCUGCCACAACUCUGAGGACACAGUGACCAUCUCGGGACCUCAGGCCUCAGUGUCGGAGUUUGUGGAGCAGCUAAAGCAAGAGGGCGUGUUUGCCAAGGAGGUGCGGACGGGUGGCAUGGCCUUCCAUUCCUACUUCAUGGAGGCCAUUGCACCCACACUGCUGCAGGCACUCAAAAAGGUGAUCCGGGAGCCACGGCCACGUUCGGCCCGCUGGCUCAGUACUUCCAUACCUGAGGCGCAGUGGCACAGCAGCCUGGCGCGCACCUCCUCCGCCGAGUACAAUGUCAACAACCUGGUGAGCCCCGUACUGUUUCAGGAGGCACUACGGCAUGUGCCCGCACAUGCAGUGGUGCUGGAGAUCGCCCCUCAUGCCCUGCUGCAGGCUGUCCUGAAGCGUGGUCUCAAGCCUGGCUGCACUAUCAUCCCCCUGAUGAAGAAGGACCACAGGGACAACCUGGCGUUCUUCCUCAGCAACACAGGCAAACUGUUCCUCACUGGCAUCCACCCCAACCCCAACGCCCUGUUCCCACCUGUGGAGUUCCCGGCUCCGCGAGGAACCCCCCUCAUCAGCCCCCACAUCCAGUGGGAGCACAGCCAGGCCUGGGAUGUGCCUGCUGCCGAGGACUUCCCCAACGGUUCAAGCAACUCCUCCGCCACCAUCUAUAGCAUCGAUGCCAGCCCCGAGUCUCCAGACCACUACCUGGUAGAUCAUCGCAUCGACGGCCGUGUCCUCUUUCCUGCCACUGGCUACCUGUGCCUGGUUUGGAAGACACUGGCUCGCACCCUGGGCCUGGCCAUGGAGGAGGUGCCUGUGGCAUUUGAGGACGUGGUACUACACCAGGCCACUAUCCUCCCCAAGACUGGGAUGGUGACCCUGGAGGUGCGGCUCCUGGAGGCCUCACGCACCUUUGAGGUGUCGGAGAAUGGCAGCCUGAUCGUAAGCGGAAGGGUGUACCAGUGGGAGAACUCCGACCCCACACUCUUUGACCACCCAGAAGGCGCCGACCCUGCCGACCCCACAGCCCCCUUCUGCUUGACCCAGUCCGACGUUUACAAGGAGCUACGUCUGCGUGGCUAUGACUACGGCCCCCACUUCCAGGGCAUUCUCGAGGCCUGCUUAGAAGGCGAAUCCGGCAAGCUGCUGUGGAAGGACAACUGGGUGACCUUCCUGGAUACCAUGCUGCAGAUGUCCAUCCUGGGUACUGGCCAGCGUAUCUUGCGCUUGCCCACCCGUAUCACCGCCAUCCACAUCAACCCCGCUAUCCACAGGCAGAAGGUGUACUCGCAGGGUGACAACCAAGUGGCCGAUGUGGUAGUGAGCAGUUGUCUAAGCACCACAGUGGCUGGGGGUGCCCACUUCUCGCGGCUCCACGCCUCGGCAGCCCCACGGCGGCAGCAGGAACAGUUGGCACCCAUCCUGGAGAAGUUUUGUUUCACCCCAUAUAUGGAGAGCGGGUGCCUGUCUGAGAGUGCUGCCCUGCAGGAGGAGCUGCAGAUAUGCAAGGGGCUAAUGCAGGCACUGCAGACCAAGGUGACGCAGCAGGGGCUAAAGAUGGCGGUGCCUGGGCUAGACGGGGCACAGGCCCCCUGGGAGCCUCCACAACAGGCACUGCCCCGGCUGCUGUCAGCUGCCUGCCAGCUCCAGCUCAAUGGGAACCUGCAGCUGGAGCUGGCACAGGUACUGUCCCAGGAAAGGCCCCUGCUGGCUGAGGACCCCCUGCUUAGUGGCCUCCUGGACUCACCGGCACUCAAGGCCUGCGUGAACACAGCUUUGGAGAAUAUGCCCAGCCUCCGGAUGAAGGUGGUGGAGGUGUUGGCUGGCCACGGUCACCUGUAUUCCCGCAUCCCGGCCCUACUCAACACACAACCCCUUCUGCAGCUGAGCUACACUGCCACUGACCGCCACCCCCAGGCCCUGGAGGCUGCCCAGGCCAAGCUGCAGCAGCUUGACGUGGCCCAGGGUCAGUGGGACCCUGUGGAGCCUGUCCCCAGCAGCCUGGGCACCGCUGACCUCCUGGUGUGCAACUGUGCGGUGGCUGCCCUCGGGGACCUGGCCUCGGCCCUCCGCCACAUGGCCUCUGCCCUCAGGGAGGGGGGCUUUCUGCUGCUGCACACACUGCUCAGAGGACAUCCUCUUGGUGAGACGGUGGCCUUCCUCACCGGCUCCUGGCCACAGCCUGGGCAGGGCCUCCUGAGUCAGGAUGAGUGGGAGAGCCUGCUUGCGAGGACCUCACUGCACCUGGUGAGCCUGAAGACGUCCUUCUAUGGCUCUGCACUCUUCCUGUGCCGCCGGCCUGCGCCACAAGAAAGCCCCAUCUUCCUGCCUGUAGAGGACACCAGCUUCCGAUGGGUGGACUCUCUGAAGAGCAUCCUGUCUGACUCCUCCUCCCGGCCUGUGUGGCUUAAGGCCGUCAGCUGCCCCACCUCGGGUGUGGUGGGCCUGGUCAAUUGUCUUCGCAAAGAGCCUGGUGGGCACCGGAUCCGGUGUAUCCUCCUCUCCAGCCUCAGCAGUACAGCUCACGUCCCUGAGGUGGGCCCAGGCUCUGCAGAGCUGCAAAAGGUGCUACAGGGAGAUCUGGUGAUGAACGUCUACCGUGACGGGGACUGGGGGACCUUCUGCCACUUUCCACUGGAGCAGGACAAGCCGGAGGAGCAGACGGCUCACGCCUUCGUGAAUGUGCUCACACGGGGGGACCUCUCCUCUAUCCGCUGGGUCUGCUCCCCCUUGCGCCAUGCCCAGCCCACUGGCCCUGGUGCCCAGCUCUGUACCGUCUACUAUGCUUCACUCAACUUCCGAGACAUCAUGCUGGCCACGGGCAAGCUGUCUCCUGAUGCCAUCCCAGGGAAAUGGGCUGCCCGUGACUGCAUGCUGGGCAUGGAGUUUUCGGGCCGAGAUGCCAGCGGCAAGCGUGUGAUGGGGCUGCUACCUGCUGAAGGCCUGGCCACCUCUGUCCUGCUAUCGCCAGACUUCCUCUGGGAUGUUCCCUCUAGCUGGACCUUGGAGGAGGCGGCUUCAGUGCCUAUUGUCUAUACCACAGCCUACUAUGCACUAGUGGUACGUGGGCGUAUGCGGCGCGGGGAGACUGUGCUCAUCCACUCAGGCUCAGGUGGUGUGGGCCAGGCUGCCAUCACCAUCGCCCUCAGCAUGGGCUGCCAUGUCUUCACCACUGUGGGGUCUGCUGAGAAGCGGGCGUACCUCCAGGCUAGGUUUCCCCAGCUGGACGACACCAGCUUCGCCAACUCCCGGGACACAUCAUUUGAGCAGCACGUGCUAAGGCACACAGGCGGGAAGGGUGUUGACUUGGUCCUGAACUCGCUGGCAGAGGAGAAGCUGCAGGCCAGCGUGAGGUGCUUGGCACAGCACGGCCGCUUCCUAGAAAUUGGCAAAUUCGACCUUUCCAACAAUCACCCACUGGGCAUGGCCAUCUUCCUGAGGAACGUGACCUUCCAUGGGAUCCUGCUGGAUGCGCUCUUUGAGGGGGCCAGUGCCGACUGGCGGGAGGUGGCAGCGCUCCUGCGGGCUGGCAUCCGUGACGGGGUGGUAAAACCCCUCAAGUGCACUGUGUUCCCCCGGGCCCAGGUGGAGGAUGCCUUCCGCUACAUGGCCCAGGGGAAGCACAUCGGCAAAGUCGUCGUGCAGGUGCGUGCGGAGGAGCCCGAGGCUGUGCUGAAGGGGGCCAAACCCACCCUGAUGGCAGCUGUUGCCAAGACCUUCUGCCCUGCCCAUAAGAGCUACAUCAUUGCUGGUGGCCUAGGUGGCUUUGGCCUGGAACUGGCACAGUGGCUGGUGCAGCGGGGAGCCCAGAAGCUUGUGCUGACCUCCCGCUCGGGUAUCCGGACAGGCUACCAGGCCAAACAGGUCCGUGAAUGGAGACGCCAGGGUGUGCAGGUACUGGUGUCUGCCAGCAAUGCCAGCUCACUGGAGGGUGCUCGGGGCCUCAUCGCCGAGGCUGCACAACUCGGGCCCGUGGGAGGCGUCUUCAACCUAGCCAUGGUCCUGAGAGAUGCCAUGCUGGAGAACCAGACCCCAGAGUUCUUCCAGGACGUCAGCAAGCCCAAGUACAGCGGCACUCUGAACCUGGACAGGGUGACCCGGGAGGCAUGUCCUGAGCUGGAUUACUUUGUGGCCUUCUCCUCGGUGAGCUGUGGGCGUGGCAACGCUGGCCAGACCAACUACGGCUUUGCCAACUCUUCCAUGGAGCGCAUCUGUGAGAAGCGCCGGCAUGACGGCUUCCCAGGCCUAGCUGUGCAGUGGGGUGCCAUUGGCGAUGUGGGCAUCGUCCUGGAGACCAUGGGCACCAAUGACACAGUUAUCGGUGGGACACUGCCCCAACGCAUGGCCUCCUGUCUGGAGGUGCUGGACCUCUUCCUGAACCAGCCCUACCCAGUCCUGAGCAGCUUCGUGCUGGCUGAGAAGAAGACCGUGGCACAUGGGGACAGGGACAACCAAAGGGAUCUGGUGAAGUCUGUGGCACACAUCCUGGGCAUCCGGGACCUGGCUGCUGUCAACCUGGACAGCUCUCUGGCGGACCUGGGCCUGGACUCGCUUAUGGGUGUGGAGGUGCGCCAGACCCUGGAGCGUGAGCAUGACCUGGUGCUGUCCAUGCGUGAUGUGCGGCAGCUCACACUCCGGAAGCUGCAGGAACUGUCCUCAAAGACUGGCCUGGCCAACGAGCUGGCACCCCCCAUGCAUAAGGAAGAUGGCCUGACCCGGCAACAGUCCCAGCUGAACCUGAGUUCCCUGCUGGUGAACCCUGAGGGCCCCACCUUGACACGGCUCAAUGCAGUGCAGAGCUCUGAGCGGCCCCUGUUCCUGGUGCACCCGAUUGAGGGCUCCACCACCGUGUUCCACAGCCUGGCCGCCCGACUAAGCAUCCCCACCUAUGGCCUGCAGUGCACCCGAGCUGCACCCCUGGACAGCAUCCAGAGCCUGGCCGCCUACUACAUCGACUGCAUCAGGCAGGUACAGCCAGAGGGCCCAUACCGCGUCGCAGGCUACUCCUACGGGGCCUGUGUGGCCUUCGAGAUGUGCUCCCAGCUGCAGGCCCAGCAGAGCCCAGCUCCUGCCCACAAUAGUCUCUUCCUGUUUGAUGGCUCACACACCUUUGUGCUGGCCUACACCCAGAGCUACCGUGCAAAACUAACCCCGGGCUGCGAGGCUGAGGCGGAGACCGAGGCCAUGUGCUUCUUCGUGCAGCAGUUCACAGACGCAGAGCACAGCAGGGUGUUGGAGGCACUGCUGCCGCUGAAGAGCCUGGAGGAGCGUGUGGCAGCCACCGUAGACCUCAUCACCAAGAGCCACCACAGCCUGGACCGCCGCGAGCUGAGCUUUGCCGCCCUGUCCUUCUACCACAAACUGCGAGCGGCUGAGCAGUACACGCCCAAGGCCACGUACCAUGGCAAUGUGACGCUGCUGCGUACCAAAACAGGCGGCGCCUAUGGCGAGGACCUGGGCGCAGACUACAACCUCUCACAGGUGUGUGACGGGAAGGUGUCUGUCCACGUCAUUGAAGGUGACCACCGCACGCUGCUAGAGGGCAGUGGCCUGGAGUCCAUCAUCAAUAUAAUCCACAGCUCACUGGCUGAGCCACGCGUGAGCGUGCGGGAGGGUUAGACCUGUGCCUACCCACCCGCCACCAGAAACCCCUCCACCACCCCCACCUCACCUGACCAUUCAGCGGGGCUGGGAGGGUCCUGCCAGAGGGACCCCGUCCAGGCCUGGCACCCCUGCCCCUUGUGGCUGCUUAGAAGUAGGUCGCCACGCCGCAUCCUACCCACGGUACUGCAGGACACAGAGCCGCUGACUUGGAGACUUCCUGUUCUGUGAAAAGCCAGCAAGGUCCCGGGAACCAGGCUGGGCCUUUUGUACUGUGGGGGUUUGCCAGUUGGUUUGUCAUUUCUCUGUUUGAACUUGCAUAUUUAUUGCAUUGCUGAUAAAGACCCCGGGGCCACCCUGAGAAGGUUCCUGGGGCAGUACCUGCCAGACCCCAGGCCUGCUGUCAUCCUGUAUCCAAUGUGCACAGGUGGCCGCCCGGGCCUGCUGGCUGGAGCCCGUCACGACCAGGCCUUGCCCUGCCCACUGCACGGGGGGGUCACGGGGAGGGCCAGUCCCCAAGGAGCCAGGACCCCGGCACAGGCCCUCAGUGUCCCAGCUGCACCCAUGAUGCUGGGCCGACCUCCGACCCUGCGGACCGCACCGGGCACCGACUCCAUUUGUCUGUUUGUUUUUCAAGAACAAUUCCAGUUGCUGCUCAGAUUUUGAAAUUUACUGUAACUGUCAGUGUAAAGAACCAUGUCCGGAUCCUGUUUCAUUUUUACACUAAUUUGGUAAAAAUGCUGCUCUUGACACCCUGUCCUCCUGAGUCCCCCACGAUUAAACCACAUGCGAGCUCUGG